AUGUGUCGCGCUGGCUGUCGGGAUUGCUCAGACGCUGUGGACAUGUCCGCCAUGUUUUCCAUGGCACUGGGAGAGGAUCAACCGAGAAAAAUAGCUUCUAAAUCCAUGUGAACGCGACCAGAAAUGGCUUUUCACAUUGAAUUUCGACCGAAUGAGAACCAAUGAAUCCUUCUAGUGUGGAAACAGCGGAGUCCCUUGUGGAUUUAUACCGAGUUUUUGAGCGAAUUCGGGCGGGAUACAUGUUUUCUUCGCAUUCAAUGUGAUUGCGAGAGGGGCCAACAAUGAGUAAACUAUCGUUCCGAGCGCGAGCGCUAGACGCCGCCAAACCUCUCCCCAUAUACCGCAACAAAGACCUUCCAGACCUAAAUGACUGCGUUUCGAUCAACCGGGCUGUGCCCCAAAUGCCCACGGGGAUGGAAAAAGAAGAAGAAUCGGAGCAUCAUCUCCAGAGGGCCAUCUCUGCUCAGUCGGUUUUCAGGGAGAAAAAGGAGAACAUGGUCAUCCCGGUGCCUGAGGCAGAGAGCAACAUCACUUACUACGACCGCCUCUACAAAGGAGAGCUCAGGAUCCCCAAACAGCUCUUCCACAUCCAGCCCCUGGGUCUGGACAAUGAGCAGCCAGACUAUGACAUGGACUCAGAGGAUGAGACUCUCCUCAACAGACUCAACCGCAAGAUGGAAAUCAAACCCAUACAGUUUGAGACCAUGGUGGACAGGUUGGAGAAAGCCAGCACAAAUCAGAUGGUCACUAUCACAGAGGCCAAACUGCUGCUGAACGAGGAUGACUACCUCCUGAAGGCAGUGUACGACUACUGGGUGAGGAAGAGGAAGAACUGCCGGGGCCCGUCGCUCAUCCCCCUCAUCAAGUUGGAGAAGAGGGACGGCUCCACCAACAACGACGCCUACGUGGCAUUCAGACGACGCACAGAGAAGAUGCAGACCAGGAAGAACCGUAAGAAUGACGAGGCGUCCUAUGAGAAGACGUUGAAGCUGAGGAGGGAGUUCAGCCGCACGGUCACCAUCCUGGAGAUGAUCAAGCGGAGGGAGAAAAGCAAGAGAGAGCUGCUGCACCUCACCCUGGAGGUGGUGGAGAAAAGAUAUCAGAUGGGUGACUUUACGGGUGAAGUCCUCAGUGAGGUGACAGCCCCUCUGGCUGAGAAGCCCGUCUACACAGUUCCAAUCACUGUAACCAACGGAAACCGCCAUAACCACAAAGCUGAGAUCAAAAUCAAGACGCACAAGUCAGGUGGUCUCCCCUACCACGGGUACCACCAUGUCUCGGUGAAGGACGAGGAUCCCUUUGACUUUGUCAGACCAAAGAAAAAGUACACCAGGCGGGAACCUCUGUGCCGCCCAGGCAGGCCUGCCAAGCGCCAGCACAUCGUUAACAAGGCCGAUAUUAAACAGUAUGACUUCCACAGCUCUGGAGAGGAGGACUACCCACUGUCUCCAUCAUCAGAACCGGACGAGGAGAAUGAUCCAGAUGGAACGUUUGCCUUCAGAAGGAAAGCAGGAUGCCAUUACCUUGCUGUGAGUCUCACUGCAAUCACAACUCCCUGUUUGGACCAGACCUCUGGGCUCCUGUGGGAUCACCCUGAGUUGGCAGGGCUGGAUGCUCUGCGGCAUCGUCAGUCCCUCACCGCCCUCUCUGUUCCCCAACGUUGUGUGGGACUGGCCCGUAGGAGAGUGGGCCGAGGUGGCAGGGUCCUGUUGGAUCGGGCAUCGUCAGACCUGGAUGGAGUACUGAAGCAGCUAGACUCAGGUGUCUUCAGCUCCUCCUUCCCCAAGGACCUUUCUGACCACCAGGUACCCACACAGAACCAUCGAACUAUGCCUGGCUCUGCAUCCUCGCUGACAGACCUUCUGAGCAACAUUCAAGCCCUGAGGUGGCGCUUUUUCAGACCUAGGUCUACCCAGGGUGACGCCAGUGGGGAAGGCAGGACGGGUAGACCUUCCAUGGACAACAGGUUGUCUGGAGGGCUGUUUGUCCACACCAAGAACAGUGGCUCAGGUGGCAUCACAGAGGAACAAUACCAGGUCCAUCAGCAGGCUCUGGCCCAGAUGCAGAAACAGCAGCUGGCUCAACUGCAGCUGAAAGCUCCUCCUCCCCAGCAGCAUUUCUCAUUGCCCGAGCGACAAAACACACGGACUGCUGGCUCCACUGACUGCAUCAUAUCAAAGACUCUUGACUCGGUCGGCGCCCAUUUUGCUGCAUCAGCUGUGAUUAGUGCUCCAGGCCAGGUCAACAAUGAGAACAAACCAGACAACACCAGCGUCAACGGGGUCGUCCAGCCUUUAGGGACCUCCAGACCUCCUCACUCUACCAGCACAUCCCAGGGCGGCACGGGGUUGGACAGGUCAGGUCGGACCCCCUCCAGCGGUGGCCCUCUGCUCCCUGCUUCCCACUCGACCACACCCCAGUCUCUGCCCAAUCACCGGGGCCACGGCAGCGCUGUCUCCCCUGCCCACCACCACCACAAUGCCCGGCCCUCACCGUCUUCCUUGAAGCUGGCCACCAUGGCCACAAGCAGCCUGGACCGCGUGCCCAAGGUGACGCCUGCCAUCAGCAGCAUGGCCAGGGAUAAUCACGAACCGGAGAGACUUGCGCUGAACGGUAUUUCAGAGACCACAGUACCAAUGGAGGUGACAUAACCUCGUCCCUUCCUCCUCCCCUCAGACCGGUGAAUGUGACAAACUAACUCGCCUCCGCUAGAAAGAAUGCAAGCCCCAGCCACCAGAGGGCAAGCAUAUACAAGGACCUAUACAGAAUCGAGCAUAUCAAAAUAUUAUAUCAAAUUUGUCUAUUAUAAAUGUACAUUUUGUAAAUUGGGAAUAUCACUAACUUGUAAAAUAGUAUGUUUGUAUCAUUGGUAUGUUUCUUUUUUUCUGUUACUUGAAUUCUAGCGAAUUUGUCAUCAUGCUUUUGCACUUAAAAAUGCAAAAACAAAAACGUUGUACAUGUAAAAAAAAAAAAGCAAAAAAAAAGACUUGUUUGUUGUUGGGAUCAUGAGCAUGAACCACGGAUCCCGUAUCACUCGUUUUCACUAUUUAUUUUGCAAUGUUUACAUUUUUGUAUCUCUAAAGAGGAAAUGAAUCCGCAAAAUGUGGACAUUGGUGUUGCUAGCGUAUUUUAUUCUUGUGCUUUUUUUUCUUCUGAAGAUGGAAAAAUUAUCCAGAUUUUUUUUAUUUGGUUUCACAAAUUGAAUAGAUAUGGUCUUUUUGUAAGUAACGUUAGAUUAGUAAUGGUAUUUUCCCCAUCAGACAAUUUAUUUUCUGUUACUUUGUCAGUUGUAACAGGAAUUUGUCUUUUUAAUUCUGUUUUUUAUUUUUUCAUUCAAUGCAGAAUUUUCCAAAAACAGUGAAGAAAUCUUAAAUGUGCCAUUCGCCAUACAAACCUAUUUAUUUGAAAUGACAAAUGCAUCCUAAGAUCUAUCUGCAAAUGUAAAGCAGGAAAACCAUUUUUAAAAAAUAAUAUAUUUGUCCUUUUACACAGGUAGGGAGCCAAUGAAGAGUACAUAGGAAUCUUACCAUUCUAUCUGUAAUGUAUUACGUGGUGUAAUCUUGAAGAUUACUUGGCAACUCUGUUGAAUGACUAACCCUUUGGAUUGGGGGGUGCAGAUCAAUAUUUUUGGGAUUUUUUUUUUCUCCCUUGGUGAAGGGGCAAGAAACAUGUUGAAACGAUGUCUGAUGGUCGGUGCUUGACCUCUCCUGUAGAUUAGUGUAGUUGAUGUAGUGAUUCCUGUACAGAUAUUAGAAAUAUGUUUAGAUAAUUAUCUAGUGUUCAUGCACUAUUUCUUCAGACAUACCUGUUUCCCUGUUACUUGUUCUUGGAGGGUUUCAGAAAAAAGUGCUGGGAAAUAAACAUAUCUAUUCAUAUCAGUAUAUGAA